CUCUUUCUUUCUUUGAAUCCACAGGAAAUGGCAGCCAAAGAAUUGAGAAAACUUGUUUUCGUCACCGGUAAUAAGCACAAGCUGGCCGAAGUGCAGUCCAUUUUGGCGGGCACCAUCGAUGUCGAAUCACAUAAGCUCGAUCUUCCCGAACUUCAAGGCACUACCGAAGAGAUUGCCAAGCAAAAAUGCAAAAUGGCUGCGGAAAUUCUUAAUGGUCCUUGCAUCACCGAAGAUACAUGCUUAUGUUUCAACGCCAUGAAAGGCCUUCCAGGCCCAUACAUUAAAUGGUUCAAUGAACUACUCGGUCAUGAUGGCCUCAACCGUAUGCUUGUAGGAUUUGACGACAAGUCUGCAUAUGCCCUCUGCACGUUUGCUUUCUGCAAAGGUCCUGGACAUGAGCCCAUCAUUUUCGAAGGCAAAACACCUGGAAAAAUUGUGCCAUCGCGUGGUCCUACUGAUUUUGGCUGGGAUGCUGUCUUUGAGCCUGACGGCUACGAUCAGACCUAUGCUGAAUUACCCAAAGCCAUCAAAAAUUCCAUUUCUCACCGAUUUCGAGCUUUGGAAAAACUUAAAGAAUAUCUUUCCGACGAGAAGAACUAAAUCCAUUGAUUGUAUUUAGAUUAUAUUACCUGUCAUUUUCAUGCAUAGACUUUGAAAAAGAGAUCAUCAUCUGCUUAUCUAAUCUGGAAGAGUGUUUGAGUUGGAAUCACUCUGAUCAUGCCCUGAUGAAUCGAAAAAUAACUUGCAAUUGCCACAAUGGAAGCCGGCUAAAUUUUAGUGAUAUAAAGCAGACAUGUCAUUCAGGAUGACAAGAUCUAUCGCCAUAAUUAUCGAAACAACGGCUUGUUAUGCAUGAGCGUAGCAACAGAUAGUGAAAAUUCAGUAACCUGCUGUCACGAGCAGCGAGAUAAUACAAGCACCUCAAAUUUGUCUCCAUCGUGUUUUUGUAAACAAAAUACAUUAGCGC